AUGAAUUUUCCUCCAGGGUAUCGUUUUCAACCCACAGAUGAAGAACUCAUCCUUUUUUACCUCCAGAAAAAGGCGAAAAACCUGCCAAUGCCAUGGAACAGUAGCAUCGUGGAAAGAGAUCUUUAUGGAGAACAUGCCACUCCAUGGAAUGUGUUCAGCGACAAUGAUCCUUGGGAUAUUUCGAUAUCACGGGGUAAAGAUGGAACGAAUAGUAUGAAGAUAACUUUAUAUGUUUUUACCAAGCUGCUGAAAAUUGGCAAGAAAAGAACUGAAAGAAGAGCCGGUUGCGGGACAUGGGAUGGCCAAACCGGGGCUAAAAUGAUCAAGAACUGCAAUGGUGAAAUAAUAGGCUCCAGCAAAAUGUUGAGUUUCGAAGCAAAGGAAGAUUCGGAUGCAAUCAAGAAGAUUCACGGACAUUGGAUUAUGCAUGAGUACUCACUUGAUGGUGUUUCUUUGAAUGAGCAUACGAGCAAGGAUUACGUGAUUUGCAAGAUAACAAGAAUCUUGAUGGCGCCAAGGGAUCAGCCCGACGUCGUCCAGUUCGCAGAUGAAAUCGGAACAGCCAUUAGAGGUGGUGAAAACCCAAGAAUCGACGAGGAACUGAGCAAGAAAAGAUGUACAACAGUUGAAGACUGUCCACAUGCAAACAAGAAGGCAAAAGUUCAAGAUUCGUCGAUGGACGACAUGCAAGAGGUAUUUGGCAGCUUGGAUCCUCUACUGCCAGAGAACGAGCAAUUUUCAUUCGAAUUUCCAGAGACGGGCGAAGAAGUUUCCAGCUAUGAUAGAUUUAGACAACAACUGGCCGCGGAUGAUGAUAUUAUUUGGUUAUAG